CUCACAGCGCAGCACUAGUCGUACACCCCACAAACACACAGAGAGACGGGAAAAAGGACCGGAGGAAGAAGAUGAGUAGAGGAGGGAGCUACGGGGGUGGCCGGAGCUCGCUCGGUUACCUCUUCGAGCCGGAGGAAAUCACCCCAUAUCACCCGGCCAAAUCCAACCAAGAAACCGAGAAGACUCCAGCUGAUAACAACAGCAGCGUCAAGGAUGACAAGAUGAUCGCAGACGAAGCGGAUCGAGAACCACAUCCUGCUCCUCCAACGAAACAAGACUCAAACCCGAUAGUAUCGCAGAGACCUGCUUGCAACGUCUACCAUACUAGGCAACCCAGCCACAACUCCGGGCUUCUUAUCACUGACCGACCAUCUACGAGGGUACGCUGUGCACCAGGAGGGCCGUCGUCGCUUGGAUUUCUCUUCGGAGACGAGCAUGAGAAAUGAUAGAUAUCGACACUGCUAAUCCGCAAGGGAGUAUGACUGCAUGCAUGUGCAUGUACACGCUUUCAUCACAGUAUUGUGUUCGAAUGGUCUGUGUUCUGCUUUUGCUCGGUGUGUAUACUUAAACGUGUUCGUAUUUAUUUGGUCCUGCAGUAUUGCAAGGGUGUUUCAAAUAUCUGUUGUUAAUUGUUGCUGCCAAGCACAAGAUAUAUGGGAAAUUGAAUUAU